GUCUCACCGCGAUCGGAACCGGCAUCGUAGGGCACGCGUGAAAAAUAACAGGCGUACAGUGAGAAAAUGCGGCUGCUGCGGCGGGAGGGGCCGCCAUUGCAGUAGAUGCUGUGUGCCGACCCCCCCUACGCAGAUGGGCUGCUCCACUUCCCUCCUCCCCGCGGUCAGAUGGUCGGGCCCGGGCGAACCCGCUGUUGCGCUCCCCCCAGAGCCACCCCCGCCAUGAACUGCCGCGCAGAGGUGCUGGAGGUGUCGGUGGAGGGUCGGCAGGUGGAGGAGGCCAUGCUGGCCGUGCUCCACACCGUCCUGCUGCACCGCAGCACUGGCAAGUUCCACUACAAGAAGGAGGGCACCUACUCCAUCGGCACCGUGGGCACCCAGGACGUGGACUGCGACUUCAUCGACUUCGCCUACGUCCGCGUCUCCUCUGAGGAGCUGGACCGGGCCCUGCGCAAGGCUGUAGGGGAGUUCAAGGACGCCUUGCGCAACUCGGGCAGCGAUGGGAUGGGGCAGAUUUCGCUGGAGUUCUACCAGAAAAAGAAGUCACGCUGGCCCUUCUCGGAUGAGUGCAUCCCCUGGGAGCUGUGGACCAUCAAAGUGAAUGUGGUCAACCUGGCGAACGAGCAGGAGCGGCAGAUCUGCCGGGAGAAGGUGGGCGAGAAGCUCUGCGAGAAGAUCAUCAACAUUGUAGAGGUGAUGAACCGCCACGAGUACCUGCCCAAGAUGCCCACCCAGUCGGAGGUGGACAACGUCUUUGACACCAGCCUGAAGGACGUGCAGCCCUACCUGUACAAGAUCUCCUACCAGAUCACGGACUCCCUGGGCACCUCGGUCACCACCACCAUGCGCCGCCUCAUCAAGGACACACUGGCCCUGUAGGGCUGGGUGCCACCGAGGCAGGUUUCCCUGCGUCGUGGCACUUUUCUGGCACAGCCCCUGCUUCUUUGGGACAGUGUCUCUGGUUGGAUCCUUCCUCUCCGCCUCCAAAAAGCCUCUGCAAGGAGCUGGACUUGGCCUGGCCCUUAAUUGGGGGUUGCUGCUUGUUUGGUUUGCACCAAGGGGCGCUUGCCCAUCCUGGAGAACCGGCUUGGUGGCUUCUGGGUUGGUGGCGAGUCCUCGCGGCAGGAGCUGCUGUGUGGUGUCAGCACUGGCUCGGUGCUGGGCUCGUGGCCUGGCAGAGCGGUGCUGGGGAUCAGCACGGAGCAGGGAUGGAUCCAAACCCCGGCCGGCCCAGCCCAUGGCCCCUCUCCAACUCGCUCUGUGUGGCACAGCCAGUGCUGGCCUUGUCCUUUGUCACCGCCUGUCCCCCCCACCACGGUGGCAAACCCAUCCCUGGGACUGAGCCGCUUCCCUGCGGGGCGCGGAGAUGAGCUUGCUGCCUCUUCUGGGGCAAAAAUAAAAAAUAUUUCUCCUUUCA